AUGUCUGCCUAUAAUAACCCCUUAGGCGAGCAGCCAGACCCUUCUUACCCUUCCGGAACUCCAACCGGAAAUCCAACCGGAACUGGUACAGGCAACAACUCUUCAAACCGUAAUAGCAGAGCUAGGUACUCUAACAAUCCAUUUAGUGCCGACCUAGACGAAGUCGAUGAUCUUCCCUCACCACCUUCAGGAGAUAAUACUAACAAUGAUACCAUUACUGGCCUUCAAACUCCUCAAGCUGCAGCUAUACGACCUGACUUUCAACCAACCUCCCAUCUUCACAAUCAUGCUACUGAUUCAUCAAUCCUUCAAAGUCCUUCAACUCUCUCUUUUAAAAAUCCUUACUCAGCUUCUGUCUAUUCAGUCUCAUCUGACUCUCUCAGCAUUGCCCAGCAGCCUCGCGGCUCUAAAAAACCUUACAAUCUCGAACAUACUCCAAGUGCCAUUGAGAGACAACAACGACAUAUUUCUUUUGCCGCAAAUGCUCAAGAAGAAAUCAAUUUUUCAGAUCAAAUUGCUACUACAACAACAAAUAAUCUCUCUUUCCUAAAUGCCCCUCAUGAAACUAAUGACUCGGAACUCGAUAGAGACCGUUCCAUGAAGCGCCAUCGUUGGGGUACCAUGCGCCAAAAAAAUGGCGGCCCUAAACGCUCAAAAUCCUCUGCCUUUAAACGCCGCAUAUCUUCCCUCGGUAGUAACGGUGGCGACCAUAACCAUAACCAUAACCAGCAUCAUCUAAAUAUUCCAGGUUUCCAUCAUGAUAAUAACUCAUCAGAUUCAGUCGCAGACGCUCCUGAAGAAAAUGGAAUUCAUAGAGUUUACUUUAAUAUGUCUCUUCCUGAUGAUAUGGUAGACCCAGAAUCAGGUCUUCCUAUUGAACAAUACCCUCGAAACAAAAUUAGAACUACAAAGUAUACUCCUCUUACUUUCAUUCCAAAGAAUUUGUAUUUCCAAUUUCAAAAUAUUGCCAAUGUGUAUUUCUUGCUCAUUGUCAUUCUUGGUGCCUUUUCAAUCUUUGGUGUCCAAAACGCUGGUCUUGCAGCUGUCCCUAUUAUCGUCAUUGUGGCCAUCACUGCUAUUAAAGAUGCUAUCGAAGAUUACCGCAGAACUGUACUUGAUUUAGAGCUCAACAAUACCCGUACUCAAAUCCUCUCUUACUGGCAUAACUACAAUGUCGUUGAUGAAAACAUUUCUGCUUGGCGUAAACUCAAAAAAGCAACUAGUAGGCUCAUGUUUCGUACAGCUGCAAAUAUUAAAAAUGCCCAAGAAAAACGCAAAGCUAAGAAAAACCCUCAUUAUGUCCCUAAAUACACCAGUGAUGGUUUGACUACCACUCGUACUGUUAACUCUGUUCUUUCCUCUCAUGAAAUGCAAGAUCUUGGAACAACCUCUGCUGACCCAAGAUCUUCCAUCGAUUCAACUUACUACGAUCGCCGCAUCUCUAUGGACGUUACAAACAAUCCCUUUGAAGAUAUUAAUAAUGAAACAUCCACCCUCAGCCUUUCCACAAUGAAUAAAAAUAAUAACCAAGACAAUAAGUCUUUUAUUAAUGAAAAACUUCAUACAACUGGUAAUUCCCGCUUCCGCCACGACUUUUGGAAAAAUGUCCGUGUUGGUGAUUUUGUCCGAAUCCACAAUAAUGACGAAAUCCCCGCAGAUCUUCUUGUCAUUUCCACUUCAGACUCUGAUGGUGCUUGCUACGUUGAAACAAAGAAUCUGGAUGGUGAAACAAAUCUUAAGGUCCGUCAGGCCCUCAAGGCUGGUCAAAAUAUCCGCCACUCGGCAGAUUGUGAAAAGGCUUAUUUUUGGGUUGAAUCGGAAAAAAACCAUGCUAACCUCUACUCCUUCAAUGGUGUUGCCAAAUGGUACGACUCCACCUCCGAUCAAUACGACCCUGUCCUUCCUGAAAAUUCUCCUGUUUGUUCUGAACCCAUCUCUAUUAACAAUAUGCUUCUUCGUGGUUGCUCUCUUAGAAAUACAAAAUGGGUCAUUGGUGUUGUUCUUUUUACCGGUCCUGAAACUAAAAUUAUGCUCAAUGCUGGUGAAACACCCACUAAGCGCUCUCGUAUUUCCCGUGAACUCAACUGGAGUGUCAUUUGCAACUUUGCUCUCUUGUUUAUCAUUUGCUUCCUCUCUGGUCUUAUCAAUGGUAUAGAAUUUGGUAGGAGUAACACAUCUAUCACUUACUUUGAAUUCGGCUCUAUUGGUGGAAGUGCUCCUGUUGAUGGUCUUGUUACCUUUUUCGCUGCAGUUAUUCUCUACCAGUCACUUGUCCCUAUUUCACUCUACAUCUCUAUUGAAAUUGUUAAAACUAUUCAAGCCUUUUUCAUUUACAGUGAUGUUUUUAUGUACCAUGAACCUUUGGACUAUCCUUGUACUCCAAAAUCUUGGAACAUUUCAGAUGACUUGGGUCAAAUAGAAUAUGUCUUUUCUGAUAAAACUGGUACCUUGACUCAAAACGUUAUGGAAUUUAAAAAGUGUACUAUAAAUGGUGUGGCCUAUGGUAAAGCUUACACAGAAGCUCUUGCUGGUAUGCGCAAACGUGAAGGUAUUGAUGUUGAAGCUGAAGCUGAGGAAAUGCGUAUUAAUAUCGAAAAGGAUAAAAUUAAAAUGAUUACCCAUCUUCGCCGCAUUCAUGACAAUGACCAGCUUUACGAUGAUAAUGUCACAUUUAUUUCCUCUGACUUUGUUGCUGAUAUGGAAGGCCAGUCUGGUGAUGAACAGCAGCGCGCCUGUAAACAUUUUAUGCUUGCUCUCGCUCUCUGUCACUCUGUCAUUACUGAAUCCAGCAAAAAGUUCCCCGGACGAUUGGAUCUCAAGGCUCAAUCUCCUGAUGAAGCUGCCCUUGUGGCUACGGCUCGUGAUAUGGGCUUUGCCUUUAAGGACCGCACUCGUCGCGGAGUUAUUGUUGACGUCCAAGGUGCUGAACAAGAGUACCAGAUUCUCAACAUGCUUGAAUUUAACUCUACAAGAAAGAGAAUGAGUGCUAUUAUCAAGCUUGCAGGUGCAGGCCCUAAUGGUACUGACAAGAUUUUGCUUAUUUGCAAAGGUGCAGAUAGUGUCAUUUAUUCACGCUUGAGCCCCUCUGGCCAAGACCGCAUUAGUGCUGAAACUGCUUUGCACUUGGAACAAUUUGCACGUGAAGGUUUGCGUACCCUUUGUAUUGCUCAACGUGAGCUCACUCUUGAGGAGUACAAUAAGUUUAAUCAUGACCACGAAAUUGCUUCUUCUGCCCUUGAGAACCGUGAGGACCGUAUGGAAGAAGUUGCCGAUGCUUUAGAACGUAACCUUGUUUUGCUUGGUGGUACUGCUAUUGAGGAUCGUCUUCAGGAUGGUGUUCCUCAAACUAUUGCUUUGCUCGGUAUGGCUGGUAUCAAGCUUUGGGUCUUGACUGGUGAUAAGGUUGAAACUGCCAUUAACAUUGGUUUUUCUGCAAACUUGCUUGACAAUGAAAUGCAGCUCUUAAUUUUACGUUCUGAAGAUUUAUCCAUUGCCGCUGUUGAUCGUUUAAUUUCAGAAUACCUGGAAAAGAACUUUAAUAUCUUUUACUCGGAUGAACUCAUUGAUGAAGCCAAGCUUGACCACACUCCUCCUAACCCUAAUUUUGCCAUUGUUAUUGACGGUGAUACCCUCAAGUUGUGUCUUUCUGAAGAACUCAAGUACAAGUUUUUGAUUCUUUGCAAACAAUGCAAAUCUGUUUUGUGCUGCAGAGUUUCUCCUGCUCAAAAAGCUGCUGUUGUUAGUCUUGUCAAAAAUACUCUUGAUGUCAUGACGCUUUCUAUUGGUGAUGGUGCCAAUGAUGUCGCUAUGAUUCAAGAGGCUGAUGUCGGUGUUGGUAUUGCUGGUGAAGAAGGUCGUCAGGCCGUCAUGAGUUCUGAUUAUGCAAUUGGUCAGUUCCGCUUCCUUGCUCGUUUGUUGCUUGUCCAUGGCCGCUGGUCCUACAAGCGUCUUGCUGAAAUGAUUCCAAACUUCUUUUAUAAGAACGUUGUCUUUACUUUUGCUCUAUUUUGGUACGGUGCAUUUUCCAGUUUUGAUGGUGCUUAUCUCUUUGAAUAUACAUUUGUUAUGUUCUUUAACUUGGCCUUUACCUCGCUCCCUGUCAUUCUUAUGGGCUUUUUGGAUCAAGAUGUUGAUGAUCGUAUUGCUCUUGCUGUUCCACAACUUUACCGUCGCGGUAUCUUGCGUCUUGAAUGGAACCAACAAAAGUUUUGGGUUUACAUGUUUGAUGGUUUUUACCAGUCUCUUGUUUCCUUCUUCUUCCCCUUCUUUACUUAUCUUAAUGGUGUUUCAAUCUCAAAAAGUGGCCGCCCUCUUGAUCACCGUUAUUGGAUGGGUGUUUCAGUUUGUACCAUUGCUGUCUUGUCUUGUAACUUUUAUGUCUUGUCCAACCAGUACAGAUGGGAUAUCGCUUCUCUUAUUAUUAAUAUCAUUUCUAGUUUGUUUGUCUGGAUCUGGGCUGGUAUUUAUUCUUCAUUCACUGGUUCUAUGGGUCUUUACAAGGUUGCCUCUGAAAUGUUUGGUUCUGCUUCAUUUUGGGCUGUCAUUUUUCUUGGUUUCAUUACAUGCAUGUUUCCCCACUAUACCCUUCUUUCAAUUCAACGUAUUUUCAAACCUGAAGAUGUUGACAUUGUUCGUGAACAAUGGAACCUUGGAUUUUUCGAUUCCGUGCAGCCCAUCUCUGAGGAUAAUUACGGUCUUACAGCUGCAUUAGCUCUUGAGCGUCGUUUCCGUGGAGGCUUUGAUGACUUUGACCUGCCCCGCAUUAACGAAGGAGGUCUUGCACCACCACCUCCUGGUGCUAACCGCUUUUCCAAAAAUGCAAGAAUCUCUUCGGAUGAAGAGUCCGAUGACACUUACCGUCGCGAAAAGGGAAGCUCGUCGACCGGUUCUGCUGGCUCUUCAGGAACUUAUGGCUCGUCGUCUGCUGCUGGACCUUCCUCUGGAGGCCACUCCGAAGAUGACCGUAUCCGUAAAUCCCUUGACAUUGCGCGGACUCGUCUGCGUAAUGAACAGCAGCCUUCGCGCAAGUCGAUGGAAGGUAUGCGCAUGUCGCACGAUCUUGGUGACGAACUUACUACAGCAGAAGGCCUGAUGCGCACAUACACACGGCAACAGCAGUUUGGCUAUGAUGACCCCAACAUGAACCGUGAUACCGAUUCCGAAAUUGAUCGUCGCGAGCGUAAGAGCAGACAAUUCUUAAAUCCUCAUAAAUUGGGAUUGGAUAAGUUAAGUAAGGUAUUUCACAAGCAUUAA